AGUGGUAGUGACGCUCCAAGAGGCAACAACUCAAUGCCUGCUUUCUUCUCCCAUAGUCCCAUUGCUGGGUCUCCAGCUCCAUACGUGGUUCUCUGCAUCGCGUCACACGCCAUGGUCGGCCGCCUUCCCACUACCUGUCCUUUCCUCUUCCUUUUCGUCCUCCUCCUCGGUUCUCAAUCCAUUGCGAAUCUUCGCAAUAUCUAAUCCUUCCCCAAAUCCCGCAUGGUGCACGGAGAUGCACCUCAAUCUUCAGCCGAUCUUAGGGAGAUCCAAAGAUUUGUCCCUGCACAUCUCAGGGGAAGUCCAAGAAGAAGAGAAGUCAAUGGCAUGCCUUGACCUAGAUUCUCCACAACUCUUAUUAAAUGAGCAUUUGUGUGAUGGACUAUUUAACCUAUUUCCAGUAGGGAACACUUCAUCCAAAAGUUUUAGUGUUCCAAAUUCAUUCAAAUAUCAAUCAACUAGUGGUAGCAUUCCACCACCACCUCCACUCCCAGCCAGAGAUACUUGUGGUGCAAAAAAAUAUUCCAAAAUUUUUAAAGAUUAUUGUUUUGUGCCUAAAGAAACAAGGGAGGCUUGGGACAAGCUUUUCUGUGAAGGAUAUGAAGCUGAUGUUCGCAUUCUCACUGAAGAUAUGGAUCUCAUUAUGGCGCAUUCAAGUAUUCUUGCAAAUGCAUCGCCUAUCUUGAAAAAUAUGUUAGAGCAAGCAAAAAUCAAAGAGAGGAUUCGAAAGAUAAAAAUACCUGGUGUGCCUUCAGAAGGUGUUCGUACAUUUGUGCGGUUCCUUUACUCUGCUUGCUAUGAACCAGAGUUGAUAAAGAAAUUUGUUCUUCAUCUUCUUAUAUUAUCCCAUGCAUUUGCAAUCCCUUCCCUGAAAAGUACUUGCAUCAAACUACUAGAGCAGGAGUUGACCACAGAGAAUGUUGUGGAUGUGCUUCAACUGGCUCAGCUAUGUGAUGCUCCUCAGCUCUCUUUGGUAUGCACACGACUAAUUACUAAAGAUUUGAAGUCCAUCUCAGUCUCGGAAGGGUGGAAAACAAUGAAGAAAACCAAUCCCAGUAUAGAACAAACACUUCUUGAGUCUCUUGUAGAGGAAGAUUCUAGAAGGCAGGAUCGAAUGAAAAGGUCGGAAGAAAAAAAAAUGUACAAGCAUUUGCAUGAAACAAUGGAAGCUCUUAUUCAUAUUUGCAGAGAUGGAUGCCGGACAAUUGGUCCUCGCAGCAAGAUGCUUAAGGAUGAUGAAACCAUCUGCCAAUAUGCAGCUUGCAAGGGACUUGAGUCGCUUGUUCGCCACUUCUUCAGUUGUCCACUGCGAGUCCCAGGCGGUUGCACACAGUGCAAGAGAAUGUGGCAGAUUUUUGAGUUGCACUCGCAGAUGUGCUCAGAACUGGACUUAUGCAAGGUUCCUCUCUGCAGGCAUUUCAAGGAUAAGAUGAAGCUGCUGAGCAAAAAGGAAGAACACAAGUGGAAAUUGCUGGUCAGUAAGGUAAUGGAAGCAAAAGGUACAAUUAGUUCCAUCUCCUCACGCAGACUUCUUUUAGAGUUGAAUAACAAAGAACAUAGUAUUUAUGGAAGAUGAGAUAAAAAUCGAUUGAAUGUUGGAUCGGGAUGUGCUAUGGUUCCAAAGAGAGGUCUGUGUAAUAACUGGGUCAGUCUUCAAAAGAGCAACUGCAUUAGCUGUAAAGAACAAAUUAUGAGUUUCCGCAUUAGCCAAUCGAACACAGAAUAACCACAGGUGGAAAUACUAGUUUUUCGAGUGCAUCUUUCCUUGUCCCCAUAGAUCAAUGCAUUUAUUUUAUGCUUUUCUGUGUGAUUUUGCAAUCAUCUACUUGCUGAUUGCAAAACGAAAAAUUGAAUGACUUGUUUAGGCUGUGUUUUUGUUUUCA